CCAAGUUCGUAGUUUUCACCUGCGGUUUGUUGCGCGGCUCGUUGGCCAAUUUGGGCGUGAAUUCCGUCGUCACGGCCGAAGUCACCCAUUUGCCCUCGGUCAAGUUCCAGAUCCAAGUUCAACGGGCUUAGUCACUCACUGAGUCCCCAAGAUGAGUGGCGCCGGGUCAAAGAGGGCCGUGCGCGAUGUCAACCGGCGGGUUAUGGACCAGGCCACGCGCCAAAGACGGGCCCGCAAGGCCCUGGAGAGCUUGGAGCAAGACAACUUCCACGACGAUCCCCACGCCGAUCUGGUCAUGUCCAAGAAGGCCUUGAGUCUGUUUCAAGAUCAUCCCGAAGAAGAGCGCAAAGCCAAGCGCAAAAGUCGCACCACCGAGUAUUACAAGCAGCGAUUCCGCAAGAACUUUCCCCAACUUUUGGAAGAAGACGCCGUGCAGAACCCAAAUCCGCCCAAUUAUUUGUCCGCUCAGACGUUGAACUCGUUGCAACCCGCCAGGCAUUUCUGUGCCGUGUGCGGAUUCAGCUCCAAGUACGUGUGUGUAGUGUGCGGUACCCGCUAUUGUUCCCGACGUUGCCAAGAGACCCACGAGGAGACACGUUGUCUCAAGUGGACCGCCUAG